AUGUGCGAGGUGGCGGCGUGCUCGCACUUGUGUCGCGCCACGCCGCGCGGGCCCGCCUGCGCCUGCCCCGCGCCGCUGCGCCUGCAGCGCGACGGCUACUCCUGCGCGCCCGCGCACGCCUGCACCGACUGGGGCGUGUGCAGCCAGACGUGUCAGCCGCAUAAGAACCGGUACAAGUGCACGUGCUACGAGGGCUACAAGCUGGCGGCGGACGGGUUCACGUGCAAGAGCACGGCGCCGGAGCGGCCGCUGCUGGUUUUCAGCAACCGGCACGAGCUGCGCGGCGUGCAGCUGCCGGCGUUGGCGGCGCGCGCGCUGGUGGCGGCGCUGCGCAACACGCUGGCGCUGGCGUGGCGCCGCGACCCCGCGCCGCCGCACGCCGUGCAAAUGUUCUGGACCGACGUGCUCGACGAUGCCAUCUACCGCGGCACCUUGUUCGGCGAAGUGAUAAGUGGAAUCGAAGUGGUGGUCCAGCAGGGACUGACGGCGGCGGAGGGCCUGGCGGUUGACUGGAUCGCCGGCAACCUCUAUUGGGUGGAGAGCAAUCUGCGUCAGAUCGAGGUAGCGUCCGUAGACGGGAAAUAUAGACGAACCCUCAUUUCUGGCGACAUGGGCAGCCCCAGGGCCAUCGCCGUCGACCCCACCGUCGGGCUGAUGUUCUGGAGCGAUUGGGACGCGGAGGCGCCGCGCAUCGAGCGCGCGUCGCUGGCGGGGCGGCGUCGCACGGUGGUGCUGCGGCUAGGCGGCGAGGGUGGCGGGGAGGGCGGCGCGGCGCUGCCCAACGGGCUGGCGCUGGACGUGGUGGCGCGGCGCGUGUACUGGGCGGACGCGCGCGCCGACGCGCUGCUCACGGCGGACUACGAGGGCGGCGAGCGGCGCGUGGUGCUGCGCGCGCACCCCGCGCUGGCGCACCCCUUCGCGCUCGCGUUGUACGAGUCGCACGUGUACUGGACGGACUGGCGCGCCAACGCCGUGCUGCGCGCCAACAAGUGGAACGGCUCCGACGUGGUGUACGUGCAGCGCACGCUCACGCAGCCCUUCGACGUGAAGGUGGUGCACCCCAGCCUGCAGCCGCCCGGCGCCGGCAACCCCUGCGCGCUCAACGGCAACUGCUCGCAUCUCUGUCUCAUCGACUCGGCCUCGGAGCGCGUGUGCGCGUGCCCGCACCUCAUGCGCCUCGCCGACGACGGCCGCACCUGCGAGGUGUACGAGCAGGCCAUCGUGGUGAGCCGCGCGGGCGAGAUCCGCGGGCUGUCCCCGGCGGCGCCCGGCGCGCAGUCGCUGCCCGCGCUGUCGGGCCCGCAGCUGGCCACGCCGCAGGCGCUGCACUGCCUUCCUGCCGAGUACGCCAUCUUCUGGGCGGACACCGACACGAACGAGAUCAAGCGCGCGGACGUGCGGGGCGCGGGCGGGGCGGGCGGCGCGGAGGGCGGCGGCGCGGUGCAGGUGGUGGCGGACGCGGGCGUGGAGGCACCGCGCGCGCUGGCGCUGGACUGGGCGGCGCGCGUGCUGUACUACGUGUCGCGUGGCGCGCUGGUGGCCAGCGGGCUGCGCGGCGAGUACGCGGCGCCGCUGUUGCCGGACAUGGCCGCGCUGCAGUCCAUCGUCGUCGACCCCCUCAACGGCAAGCUGUACUGGGCGCUGGCGCGCGACGGCGAGGAGCGCAUCGAGGCGGCGGACGGCGACGCGGGCGCGCGCCGCACGCUGCUGUCCUCGCGCCGCGACGCGCACCUCGCGCGCGCCACCAGUUUACAAGUGGACCCGGAGAGUAACCGCCUAUACUGGGUCAACGAGGGCUCCGCGACCAUACAGUACAUCGAUUUAAAAACGGAAAAAACUUAUACGCUGCCGCUGGACAUCGGCGCUCGGCCCACGGCGCUGGCUCUGUACGCGGGCGAGGUGGUUUGGGCCGACGCCGCCACCGCCACGCUGCGCGCCUGCGCGCGCGACCACUGCGCGCGCCCGCGCGUGCUGCGCAACGACACCGAGGGCGUGAUCUCGGUGGCGGUGUAUGACGCGGCGCUGCAGCGCGGCGGCGGCGCGUGCGCGGCGCGGCGGCCGCGCUGCGCGCACCUGUGCGUGUCGGCUGGCGCGCGCGCCGCGUGCCGUUGCGCGCAGGGGUACCGCCAGGACGGCGCGGAUUGCAUUCCCGAGGACGAGGUGCUCAUCUACUCGCUGAGCUGGGAGCUGCGCGGGCUGUCGCUGUCGGGCGGGCGGGAGGCGCUGCCGCCCAUCCCGCAGGUGGCGUGCGCGGGCGCGCUGGAGUACGCGGCAGCGGGCGAGUGGGUGUACUGGGCGGACCCCGAGGCGGGCGCGGCGUGGCGCGCGCGGCGCUCGGGCGCGGCGCGCGUGCGCGCGUGCUGCAGCAGGCAGGCGGCGGCGGGCGGCGCGCGCGACGCGCUGGCGGCGCUGGCGCUGGACGCGCGCGCCGGCAACCUGUACUGGAGCGACGCGGCGCGCGCGCUGCUGCUGGUGGCGCGCCUGGACGGCUCGCAGCGCUACGUGCUGCGCGAUACCGACCCGCUCGUCGUCACUGUGCUGGCGCUGGACCCUUGGGAGGGCUGGCUGUUCCUGGCGGGCGGCGGCUGGGUGCAGCGCGCGCGCCUCGACGCCUCCGAGCCCACGCUGCUCUACAACGGCACCGCGCUCGCCGACAUCGCCGUCGACGUGCAGGAGAAGUACGUGUACUGGGUGGACACGUGGGACGUGAGCGUGUGGCGCAUGCGCUACGACGGGUCGGCGCGGGCGCGCGUGGCGCGCGGCGCGCCGCUGCGGCACCCCGUGGCCGUGGCGCCCUACCGCGGCCGCCUCUACUGGCUCGACACGAUGCUAAAUCACGGCAGUGUGGCGUCGGCGCCUAUCGCUAACGUGUCUGACUACACGAUCCUCGCCGACAACUUGGGAGACAGCCUGAAAGAUUUAAUAAUCUGGUCGAAGGCGCUGCAGACGGCGGGCCCGGCGGGCGCGGCGGAGCACCCGUGCGCGCGCGACAACGGCGGCUGCGCGGCGCUGUGCCUGUGGGGCGGCGGCGGCGCGCGCUGCGCCUGCCCGCACGGCGAGCUCGCGCCCGACGGCAAGACCUGCACACCGUACAGCAGCUUCCUGAUGUACACGCGCGUGACGGCCAUCGACAGUAUCGACCUCGACGCCGAGAAGAACCUCAAUUCACCGUAUCCGCCCAUCGAAAACAAGACGCUGCUGCGAAACGCCAUCGCGCUGGCCUACGAGUACUCGUCGGCUACGCUAUUCUACUCCGACAUCCAGCGCGCCGCCAUACACGCCGUGCAUUUCAACGGCUCCGCCCACCGCGUGCUGCUGCCGCAGGCGGGGUCGGUGGAGGGCAUGGUGUACGCGGAGGAGACGCGCACGCUGUACUGGGCCAGCGCGGCGCCGCCCGCCCUGCGCGCCGCGGCGCUGCCCGCCCUGCUGGGCGCGCCGCCCGCCGCGCGCGCGCGCCUCGUGCGCACGCUGGUGCCGCUGCGCGCUGGCGACCGCCCGCGCGGCAUCGACUACGACCCCUGCGAGAAACGGAUAUACUGGACGAACUGGAACUCGUCGCGGCCGGCGGUGUGGCGCGCGCGCGCCAGCGGCCGCGCCCGCCAGGUGCUGGUCAGCACCGACGUGCUCAUGCCCAACGGCCUGGCGCUGGAGCACGCCGCGCGCCUGCUCUACUGGGCCGACGCUCGCCUCGACAAGAUCGAGCGCAUGCACUACGACGGCUCGCACAGACAGAUAGUGGUGCGGUCGCACACGGAGCACCCGUUCGCGGUGGCGGCGGGCGGCGGCUGGGUGGCGUGGACGGAUUGGGUGUCGCGCGGCGUGUUCGCGGCGCGCGGCGGCGAGCUGCGUGUGCUGCGGCGCGACGUGCCGCGGCCCUGCGCGCUGGUGCUGGUGGCGCCGGCGCGCCAGCGCUGCGCCGCCGACGUGUGCGCCGCCGCCGCCUGCGCUGAGCGCUGCGCGCCGGACGCGCACGGCCACGCCGCUUGCGCGUGCGGCGCGGGCCGGCGCCUGGCGCGCGACGGCCGCGCCUGCGAGGCGCCGGCCGCCGCGUGCGCGCUCGGCCAGUUCGCGUGCGCCGAGGGCCCGUGCCUGCCCGCGCACCUCGUCUGCGACGGCGUGCCGCACUGCAGCUCCGAGCUCGACGCCAGCGACGAGGACCUGUACUAUUGCACGUCGCGCGCGUGCCCGGCGGAGGCGUGGGCGUGCGGCGCGGGCGGGCGCUGCGUGGCGGCGGCGCGCGUGUGCGACGGCCGCGCCGACUGCGACGACGGCUCCGACGAGGCCGACUGCGACUGCCCCGCCGCCAGCUACAGAUGCAACGACAGCACGUGCGUGGACAUCGGCGCGCGCUGCGACGGCGCGGCGCAGUGCCCUGACGGCUCCGACGAGGCGGGCUGCGCCGUGCGCGACGCCUGCCUCGAGCUCGGCCUCUGCGACAACGUGACUACUGUCGCCCCUGACUCGGAUUCCGGCUACGACGUGGAGACUUUCGAGGAGCAGCCGGUGCUGGGCUGCAGCAGCGAGCAGUUCCAGUGUGGCGGCGGUGACCCGCGAGGUGCCGUGGAGUGCGUGCCGCUGGCGUGGCGCUGCGACGGACGCGUCGACUGCACGGACGGCUCCGACGAAACCCUGCACUGCGGGCACGGCAACGGGAGCGCGCGCGCGUGCGGAGUGGGGGAGAUGGCGUGCGGCGGCGGCGGCUGCGUGGCGGCGGCGGCGCGCUGCGACGGCGCGCGCGACUGCCCGCGCGGCGACGACGAGCGCGACUGCGCCUGCGCGCCCGGCGCCUUCCGCUGCGCCGCCGCCGCGCUCUGCCUGCCCGCUAGUCUGUACUGCGACGGUGACGUGGACUGCGAUGACAUGUCAGAUGAGCCGCCCGGCUGCUCGAUGCCGGCCGCCCCCACGCUUCCCCCCGCCCCAAUACCGGCCUCCCCCUCUGGCGCCCCCCCUGCCGCUGCUAACUCCACGCCUAGCUUCGAGUCGUUGCUGUGCGCGGGCGAGCCCGGCUCCGUUUAUUGCAAGGGGCGGUGCGUGGGCGCGGCGCAGGUGUGCGACGGACGCGACCACUGCGUGGACGGCGGCGGCGGCGGCGCCGGCUCCGACGAGGACCCCUUCCUGUGCGCGUCGUUCGCGACGACGUUCGGGUCGGAGGCGGAGGCGGCGGUGGCGCGCGCCGGCGACGCGUGCGGCGGCGCCUGGCGCUGCGGCAACGGCGCCUGCGUGCCGCGCGCGCGCCUCUGCGACGGCCUCGACCACUGCGGCGACUACACCGACGAGUGGCGCUGCAAUGUGAACGAGUGCGCUACACACAACGGCGAGUGCGCGCACAACUGCACGGACCUGCCGGUGGGGCGCGCGUGCUGGUGCCGCGCGGGCUGGCGCCGCGCCGGCCGCGCCUGCCGCGACGUGGACGAGUGCCAGGAGGACCGCCCCUGCGACCACCGCUGCCGAAACACAUUAGGUAGCUACGUGUGCUCGUGCGCAGAGGGGUAUCGACUGAUGGAGGACCGCUCCAGCUGCACGCCGAUAUCGCACGUGAACGCGUCGCUGAUCUUCACGAAUCGCUACUACAUCCGGCGCACGGCGCUGGCGGGCGAGGGCGGGGGCGGCGAGGCGGCCACCACGCUGCUGGUGCACAACCUCACCAACGCCGUGGCGCUGGACGCGCUGUGGGCGCGCGGCUGCCUGCUGUGGAGCGACGUCACGCGCCUCGGCUCCUCCAUCAAGCGCCUGUGCCGUGACGAGAGCGCUAACGACGCGGCGGUAACACACAUACAUUUA